GCCUACGAAAGGCCCACCAUUGAUUUGAUGGACCUUCCUUCCUAUUGCAGCCCAAAUAUACAAAGUAUUCAUCCAAACGACGUCGGAUUGUUACUGCCGAUUCGGGAAAUUCAAGCUAACCAUAAACCACCACCACUGUCACGUUCCUUAAAACCCUACCCUUCCACCAUCAAACCCGACCCGAAUAUGGAAGACCCGUCACCCCGCGAAGACAUCUCAAACGGCGUAGUCCCGGCGCCGCUGCCGCAUUGUCAAAUGACCGCCGCGGAGCUGGUGGCUAAAGCCAUAGCUCCAAUGAGGAGAGAAUUCCUCCGCCCGCCGCCCGUCAGAAACUGCGACAAUAGCGUCGAUAAGAAUUCCGACGAUAAGGAAGCAGCGCAAGACGACGGCCGCAUCUCCGUCUCCGCAGCUCCGAUACUCAAGGAGAAGAAAUCCAAGCGCCAACUGAAACGCGAGCGCCGUCAGGAACAAAAAUCUGUGCUGCAUAUAUGCCCAGUGGUAGCGAAGAGCGGGGAGGUUAGUGCGUGCGUGUAUAAUGAAAACUGCCGCUUCAGCCACGACUUGGAAGCAUUCAAAUCUCAGAAACCUGCUGAUUUGGAUGGUGUUUGUCCCUUCUUGAGCAAAGUGGGGCCGUGCCCUUACGGUCUGGCGUGUAGAUUUGCUGGCACACAUAAGGCUGAUGAUGGCGAAGCUACCACUGAUGAUGGAGAUAGGAAAAACAGUGAAAUGAAUGCAUUGACGAAGGAUGUUCAGAGGCUUUUAUGGAAAAAUAGGAUGAAAUUUCCGAAGGCAGAUGCUGCGCUUAAGCUUCUCGGCCUUCAGGGGCAGGGGAAGAAGACAAAGGCUGGGGGUAAUGACAAUGAUGGUAAAAAUGUCACCAAUGAUGAAAAGGUUGAAGGAAAUGGUUGUUGCAUGGAAGAUUCUGCAGAAGUUUUGGAAGAAGAUAUUGCCGACAAGGCUGAUGUCGCUGAUGAAGUUCGGCCGCCCAAGAAGACAAAAUGCUCAACUGAUGAAGCUUGUGAUGCACCACUUAAUGGUGAGAUUCUCAAUGAGAAAGAUGUGGGCGAGAGCUGCAAACAAAGUGAACCUGAAGCUGAAAGCAUUGUUGAGAACUUUGUGGAAGACAAUGAUAAAUGCCUAAAGUUACACCCACGGGAAAAGAAAAUCAUCGACUUUAGGGAUAAGCUUUAUCUUGCUCCGCUGACUACAGUAGGAAAUCUGCCAUUUCGCCGGGUUUGCAAGGGUCUGGGUGUUGACAUUACGUGUGGCGAGAUGGCAAUGUGCACCAAUCUUUUGCAGGGUCAAGCUUCGGAAUGGGCUUUACUAAGGCGGCAUUCUUCAGAGGAUUUCUUUGGUGUUCAGAUCUGUGGGGCGUAUCCAGAUACUGUUACUAGAACUGUUGAACUUAUAGAGGAGCAUUGCACAGUGGACUUCAUCGAUAUUAACAUGGGAUGUCCAAUUGAUAUUGUCUGCAACAAGGGUGCUGGAUCUGCCCUCCUCACAAAACCAAUGCGAAUGAAAAGUGUGGUACAGGCUUCCUCUACAGCAGUCUCUACACCAGUGACUAUCAAGGUCCGAACAGGUUAUUUUGAGGGUAAGAAUCGCGUCGACUCUUUGAUAGCAGACAUGGGAAACUGGGGCGCCACUGCAGUGACAGUGCAUGGUCGGACGCGACAACAGCGCUACAGCAAGCUUGCUGAUUGGGAAUACAUCUACCAAUGCGCACGAGCAGCCCCUUCCAAUCUGCAAGUCCUUGGAAACGGUGAUGUGUUCUCGUAUUUAGACUGGAACGCUCACAAGUCCGACUGUCCCGAGCUCUCUACAUGUAUGAUUGCUCGAGGAGCACUGGUUAAGCCUUGGAUAUUCACCGAAAUCAAGGAACAGAGGCACUGGGACAUUACUUCUGGAGAGCGGCUCAACAUUUUGAAGGAUUACGCCCGUUUUGGCCUCGAACAUUGGGGUUCUGACUCAAAAGGAGUCGAGACAACGAGGCAUUUCUUGCUGGAAUGGCUGAGCUACACUUGCAGAUACAUCCCGGUUGGCCUCUUAGAUGUCAUCCCUCAAAAGAUAAACUGGCGGCCGCCCUCGUAUUUCGGCCGUGAUGAUCUCGAGACGUUAAUGGCCUCCGAUUCAGCUGCUGAUUGGAUUAGGUUAACGGAGAUGUUGCUUGGCAAGGUGCCUGCUGGCUUCACCUUUGCUCCCAAACACAAGUCCAAUGCAUAUGAUACAGCAGAAAAUGGCUAAUACGAGCAACCAUUGUAAGCUACACAAAAUUUUGCUUUUUUCUCAUUGUUGUGUAAUGUUAAUUUAAAUACAGCGUGAAAUAUUGUUUUAUAGGAAAAGAAGAUUUUGAAUUGCUUCA